AGUGGAAGGUGUCCCUGCCCUGGGAUGGACUUGGAAGGUCCCUUCCCACCCAAACCAUUCCAUGAUUCUAACAGCUGCAAUCAAUAACUUUUGACGUUUUUUCCACCACAAACAAUUCCCCGAUUCCAAGCAGAAGCAGAAAGAAAACCACCAGGGAUGUUCCCAAACCUGACACAGGAAUGGAAGAGUUUCCCAAAGCUCCCAGAGCCUCCCUGCUGUGUGUGGCAGCAACUGUCACGUCAAGGCAGUUGAUUGCAGACUCUGCCUAAUGAACGUGGGCAGCAGAUGACAGCUGCUCCGGUGCUUUGGCGCUGCUCCCAAAGCCAUUCCACACUAGUAGGUGGCCGUGCUAUUUUGGAGGUAUGAAAGCACUGCAAGGCUUGGAAACAUCCAGCUCAUUCCUUGACAGUUCAGGUGGAAAUAAGAGUUUCUUGACAGAAGGUGAAUGGGAAAAAAACCCCUUAGUAUUCCUUUUUCUAGGAAGCGGGUUAAUUGGUGAUCACAGAGAAUCACAGAAUCCCAGAAUGGUUUGGGAGUGAAGGGAUUCCAAACAUCAUUUGGUUCCAACCUCGUGCCAUGGGCAGGGACACUUUCCACUAGCCCAGGCUGCUCCAGCCUGGUUUUGGACACUUUCAGGGAUGGGGCAGCCACAGCUUCUCCAGAUAUUGAAGGAUUUCUUAGGAAGCAGAAGGGAUACAAAGGCAAUAGAAUGCCUAAAUAAAUCUCUGCAUGGAAAUAUGGGCGAGUGCAAUUCCUUAUCCUUAUCCUGUGCCAGCAAAGUGGUUCCUCCGGCUGCAAGGACACAAUGAAAGCCCACAACAGAUAAGGAACAUCAAGAAGGAAAUUAAGAGUCUAAUUGGUGUCUUAGGAGCCACCUGAGCAAAAUGACCUUUGGGUACUAGCAGCAGCAGUGUCUGAGAAAGCACCGAUGGUAUCAGCAGCCCUCAGCCAGGAUCCUUCCAAGUCCCAUCCACCAACCCCAGGAAUUUGCUGGGCUGGAUGGAAGAGGCUGCCUGAGACUUGUGCAGAUGAAUCACCCACACAAACCUGAAGCCCCACCUCAUGCUGGGAUUAUAAUUUAAAACAGCCAGGAAAUUAUUUGCAGCCUUGCUUGGGAGCUCUGCUGACACGAGGAGCCUUUGGAGUGGCAGGAGGAAGAACAGCCUGAUCUCCAGGUGGGCUCCCAGCACGUGCUCCUGGCUGCCUGAGCGUGGGCUGAGGCUCCACCACUCCACACACCUAUUUCCUGCAAUCCUGGCAAUUACCAAUGGAGUGAAACCCAGUUUCUGACGUGGCUGACUCAGCAAGGGCUUGGCUCAAAACAAACACAUCCACGCAGGGAGCCGCAGCCCGGGAAGCAGUGACGGGUGGCACAUGAAGGGACGGCGGCGGCAGAGCUGGGGAGUUUUGGCAUUCUGGGUCCAACCUGGCUGAAUUCCUGGACUUGCUUCUUCAUCCUGGUCUCUGAGUGCUCCAGCAGCUUCUCCUCUCUGCUCCAGGACUCCUGGCUGCUCCAACAGAGUCCCAGAGCCGCAGCACACGUUUAACGAGCUUGCUCACACACCGCCUGCCGCUCCUCUCCACUCCAGGGGGAGACUCCUUCAGAUCCCAGACAAGCCGAGUGCUCCUUGCUCCUUGCCACGGCGUGGAGUUUGCAUUUCCUGCACUACCAGCCUCUCUGUGCUCCUUGCAGCUCCAGGAACGGGGCAGGAAGAGGUUGAUCCUGUUGCGUGGCUCUCUGCUGAUCCCUGGGCUCCUGCCUGUGAGGAGCCAGCAUUCCUGCUCCUCGCUGCCUUUCCUCACCAUGGAUACUUGGCGCAGGGGGUCCCUCAAGUCCACCACCUUCUUCCGGCGCUUCUCCCUCAGGAGGCACAAAAAGCUGGGCAACCAAGUCAUCAUCCUGAACCAGAACAGCCACACUCUGGACACGGACGGCCAGAAGAGGGAAGGCUUGAGGGAUCUGAAGGACAAGUCUGAGUACCUGUCCUGUCAGAGCGAGCAGAACCUGGCCAAGGCACAAGCCCCUCCCAAGCCUCCUCGGCUGUACCUGGACAGUUCCAGCUGCCCCAACAUCAUCGACCGCACAGAUUCCCACUCCGACCUCUCCUUUUCCGACGCCGCUCCGUACCACAAAGGCGCUCCCACGCACAAGGACCAGGCUACGGACCACGGCACCUCAGAGGCAGGUCUCCCCAGCAGCACCACUCUUCCUGAGCUGGCUGACCCCUUCCUGUCCUUCAAAGUGGAUUUGGGGCUAUCUCUCCUCGAGGACGUGCUGCAGACCCUCAGGAAACAGAACCCGAGGGAUUACGCCAUUUGAAGGUAUUCUUUGUCCAUCACAUCCCAGUUACUCGCUGCUGCUGCCAGUUCCUCCCGUUCCAGCAGGAGGAAGGAUACUGGAGCAUGCCUGUUGUGUGUGGCCUGUUUUGUUGUCCUCGCCUCACCCACCACAGAGCAUCCCUGUCCUUGCCAAGGAAUCCUCUGGAGCAGAGCUCUGUGCUCAGGUGAGAGCACCGUCUGCUGUCUCAUGGCCAACUUUCCGCUCUCUACCCCGGGAAUUUCCCACUCUGGACUGCUCGUCCCAUCCUCAGGGAAGACUGGCACUUCUUGGGAAAGACUUAUUUUGGGGAUGUGACACUGUGGGGCAGGGACACACAGGGAUUUGGCAUGGAUCACUUGUGGAACAGCAGGCAGCCUGCAAGGAGGCAGCAGCACUGCACCCCGAAGCCAAAGCUUUGAGGGCUGAGAGACGGGAACUGGGGCUUCUCCUCCCACCAUGUUUGGAUGCGAAAGCUCAAAGCUGUUCCUCCGUUUUUUCUCUUCCUCUUUGUGGGUUUCUUUUCCCUUAACUCCAGUGCAGGUAGCACUCCCAGCCAGGUAAGCAUCCAAGUAGGCUCCUGAUACAGCACCAGCAGUGGAUUUAUCCUCCUGGCAGAAGAGGUGUCUCUGACACUGCUGCCUCACGCAUGCACUGAGCUCCCAGCUGUACAGACAUAGAAGAAUAAAUGUAUCUGUGACUGGAA